AUGUGCAAUAUCUUCCAGAGUAACAAAAGAGAACCUCAAAACUCAAAGAUACAGGAAGAGGAAAUAUUAGAUUGCAACACAAGCCAAAUGAUAUACCAAAGCAAUACAAAGAAAACUCAGUUAAAAGUUGAAACAGUUUCGAUAGAAACUGAACCAAUACCACUUGUAGUAGAAAUCA